AUGGCUAACGGGAAUGUGAACGGCUCAGGGCCACCCACCUCACAUCCUGACGUCAUCGCACACAAGCUGGAGGAUGAUGAUGAUGAAGAGAUCCUGUGCGGGAUCGGCCCCUGCAAGCCACGGUGGGCAGCCCGUCUAGCCAACUCCAAGGUCUUCGCGGUGUUCUGGUGCAUCACGAUCUUCUCCAACAUCCUUGUCGGCGCGUAUCUCAUUGGGAUCCUCACAAGUCUUGAGAAGAGGUUUGGACUACAGAGUAAGGACCUGGGCACCAUCGCCAGCGCUGCUGACAUUGGGAGUACCCUGACUGUCCUUUCACACGUUUGUAUGUUUGCUACAACAGGCAUAGGAGUCUUACUUGUAGCUGUGGGGAGUUUCCUGUCUGGGAUGCCACAUUUCGUCACCCCUGCGUACGAGGUGGACACGGAAAGUGUGCAGAACGCCACUCAGAUAAAAUCUAUAGGUGUGUGUCUUGCCAAUCAAACUAGGGAUGACACUUGUAACGCUGAGGAAGCGACCGAGUCCACUAAUAAGGGCGGCUGGUACGCGCUACUGGUGUUUGCGCAGAUAAUUAUGGGGGUUGGCUCCACACCCAUCAUGGCUCUGGGAACGACCUACCUGGACGAUCACGUGAUGAAGAGCAGUGCACCCCUUUACAUCGGGACUUCUUACAUCGUGUUUGGUCUCGGUCCACCCCUCGGCUUCAUCCUGAGCGCCUACACAGUCCAGUUCUACGUGGACUUCGACAAGAACAUCGACCCUCGAACCUUCGGACUGAGCCAGGACAACCCGCUGUGGGUGGGCGCGUGGUGGCUAGGGUACUUCAUCGGAGGGGCGCUCCUCAUCUUUGCGGCGCUGCCCCUGUUCCUGUUUCCUUACAAGCUAAAGGCGCCGCCAGAAGAAGACGAGACCGCGGUUCUGAACGCUAAGAAGAGGAUGAUCCCCGGGAUGGGGAUGGACGGCGGUAAAAAGCCGCUUCUGGAUCCCGCCAGGGGGCUGCUGGAGCAAAUCAAAGAGAUGGUUAAGAGCCUGAAGACGAUCCUGACCAACUGGACGUUCAUGCUGCUGGCCAUGACGGCCGUCUGCUCCGUGUCCGGCAUCGGGGCCUUCUCCUUCAUGCCCAAGUACCUGGAAAUGCAGUUUGGCAUCCCCAAAUCCAAGGCCAACUUUGUUCUAGUGUAA